CUGCGCGCCGAGACAGCUGCUCCAGCCACCAUGGAUGACAUCUUCACGCAGUGCCGGGAGGGCAACGCCGUGGCYGUGCGCCUCUGGCUGGACAACACCGAGAACGACCUGAACCAGGGGGACGACCAUGGCUUCAGCCCGCUGCACUGGGCCUGCCGCGAGGGCCGCUCCAACGUGGUCGACAUGCUCAUCAUGCGGGGCGCUCGCAUCAAUGUCAUGAACCGCGGCGACGACACCCCCCUGCACCUCGCUGCCAGCCACGGCCACCGUGACAUAGUGCAGAAGCUGAUCCAGUUCAAGGCAGACAUCAACGCGGUGAACGAACACGGCAACACCCCUCUGCACUACGCCUGCUUCUGGGGACACGACCAGGUGGCUGAGGACCUUGUGAGCAAUGGGGCCUUGGUCAGCGUUGCUAACAAAUACGGCGAGACGCCCAUCGACAAAGCCAAGACGCCACUACGGGAAAUACUGAAGGAGCGUGCGGAGAAGCUCGGCCAGAGCCUCACCAAGAUUCCCUACAAGGACACCUUCUGGAAGGGCACAACCCGCACACGUCCCCGAAAUGGGACACUCAACAAACUUGCUGGAAUAGACUUCAAACAGCUGAGUUUGGGCCAGAAACUCAACGAGAACCAGUCAGGAGAGCUGUGGAAAGGGCGCUGGCAAGGCAAUGACAUCGUCAUCAAAAUGCUGAAAAUCCGCGACUGGACCACUCGGAAGAGCCGAGACUUCAACGAGGAGUAUCCGAAGCUCCGGAUCUUCUCACAUCCCAACGUGCUGCCGGUGCUGGGUGCCUGCCAGGCCCCCCCUGCACCCCACCCCAUCAUCAUCAGCCACUGGAUGCCCUACGGCUCUCUCUACAACGUGCUACACGAGGGAACAAACUUCGUGGUGGACCAGAUGCAGGCAGUGAAGUUUGCCCUGGACAUUGCGCGCGGCAUGGCCUUCCUGCACACACUAGAGCCCCUCAUUCCCCGCCACCACCUCAACAGCCGCAGCAUCAUGAUUGACGAGGACAUGACAGCGCGGAUCAGCAUGGCCGACGUCAAGUUCUCCUUCCAGUGCCCGGGGAGGAUGUACGCGCCAGCCUGGGUGGCACCAGAAGCCUUGCAGAAGAAGCCCGAGGAAAUUAACAGGCGCUCAGCGGACAUGUGGAGUUUCGCCGUGCUGCUGUGGGAGCUGGUGACCCGCGAAGUGCCGUUCGCAGACUUGUCCAACAUGGAGAUAGGAAUGAAGGUGGCACUGGAGGGGCUGCGUCCAACCAUCCCACCUGGCAUCUCCCCGCACAUCUGCAAGCUGAUGAAGAUUUGCAUGAACGAGGACCCAGCCAAGCGCCCCAAGUUUGACAUGAUCGUGCCUAUCCUGGAGAAGAUGCAGGAGAAGUAAAGGGAAGUGCCUCCCAUGCGCCUGCCGCUGCCAUGCUCCCCUCCCCACCCUCCCCAAGUGCCUUCUCAACCCCCAAGCCAAGGGGGAGCACGGGACGCCCUCACCCCCCGAGCCAGCCACGGACACACGGUACAGACACGCUGCUCCCCGCAGAGGUGCCCACGGGCUUCGGGCGCCGUAGCGCCGGCUCUGGGCAGCACCUCCCUGCUCCCGCGCAGCUCCGGCCCAGGCGGAGCAGCACGCCGGCCAGGCCGCUGGGCACGCGGGGCUCUGCCGGCCGGAGGCUGCGCUGGGUGCAGAGCCGUCCUGCCCGCGCUGCCCCGGCCCGGAGCAGCUCCCCACGCCAGCGCCAGCCCUGGUGCUCCUCUCUACCCACGGGCAGGGGGUGACGUUCGCCUGUUUGCGCCCAGCACCACCCCGGCUUCGCGCUUCACUUAUCAUUUCCAUCCAGGCCUUGCGGAAAAGCCGCCAGCAUCUGAAAUAAACAUUUGUUAC